AUGCCCUACACUGCACCAUUGAAGUCGUUGCUCGCUGUGCAACACGUUGAAUUCUGUGGGCCUGCAACAGACGUCCAGCCAGAGAGACCUGGGUUGAGUCGUUCUGCCUCAGAUCGGCUACAAAGCUCACGAUCUUAUUCCUCUACCUCGUAUGUUCGGCGCCACCGGAGGAGCCCAUCCAGCUCCAAGUCCCCCGUGCAUACUCCCGCUUCUGCACGGUUGACUGGCCCCAUAAUUGACCCCCAUGCUAGUCUCCGCCAGUCUCCGCCCCCGUUGAACCAUGCUGCGAUCCCACCAGGGGCGAUAAUCUCGCCCCCCGAAUCAGCCCCGAACUCAGACUCGGAGUCACCUGACCAAUCACCAAUCAAGCUGGAGGACCUUGAGGCAGCCUUCAAGGCCAUUGAACAACGCAAGGAAGGAUCUCCAGAAAGAAUGGGCCCUGUAACCGGCGGGGCCGAGGCUCGGCCCUCCUCAAGUCAACCACACCCACAAUUACCCACCCUGAACACUAAACCCAAUCACUUGCGACUAUCUAAGACUGCUCGAAAGAUCUCCCACUCACGAUCAUCUACAGACUCGGCAAUUUCCGCAGUUGCUUUACGCAAUGAGGAGGCACUGACAAGCUCUCCCGACGAUAGUGAUGUCGAGACCUCACCCAAGCCCAUGAUGGUUCGGAAAAAGUCGGGCGAAUUGGUUCGGCCGGCCCUCCGGCCCGCAACGGCUCGGCGUCGACCGUCCAGCAUGCCGGGUACUCCGGUGUAUGCCAAGGCAGUGCACUUCGACUCGCAGUUGGAACACAUUCGUCACUUUUUGCAGCUUGACCGACCUUUGGCUGUUAGUGCUGAAACAUCCCCAGUCGAUGACCAUGACACCGAAAGCGAGUUUCCGUUUAGACAGCAGCAAGACCAGGGCCCUUCAUGGGAUUGGGAGCUCCGGCUUGCCAAUUUCCCCAAGGACUCCUCGGCUCGUGCUACAAUCCCUGUUCGUCUAGAACGGUUGUUCCUCUCAGGUGAUAAGAAUGUCUUAGUCGGUUCGGUUGCUGUGGCAAACUUGUCGUACCACAAGCAUGUGGCUGCCCGCUUUACCUUUGAUUAUUGGAGAACCAUCUCGGAAGUGAGUGCAGUUUUCUGCCACGAUGUCCGCCGCAAACAUGCCCAUGAUGGGUCUGAUCGGUUUUCUUUCGACAUCAAAUUGAACGACCAGGCCAACCUCGAGAACAAGACUCUCUUCAUCUGCAUUCGCUAUAAUGUCGAUGGCCAGGAGUAUUGGGACAACAAUAAUGGCAUGAACUUCCAGGUCGAUUUCCACAAGGCGCCAAAGGUCACCACCUCUAGCAAGCCAUCAGGUGGAUCCCGACCAGCACUUCCCCGCAGUCGGACGUUCACCGGCUCCCACACUCGUCCCCAGUCGAUGCCGCCAUCCUUUGGGGAUUUCCCAGAGAUCAUCAAGAACGUACCCUUCUCCAACCCUUUUGAUGAUCCUAAAGGCUCGCCUUUGACCAAGGUUUCAUCGGAUGAUAUGGACACAUGCGGCCCCCCGAAACGUCGGGAGAAGCCUAGUCCUCAGGCAUUUGGUAACCGUUACGACUUUGGCGCCUCGUUGACUGCGGCCAUGCGCACGAAACCUCCUAUGGAUCGAACAACCUUGACGACACGAGCACGAUCCGGGCAGCCUACCGAUGUUGAUGCUAAGCCGGUUAGGAAGGUUUCAGACAAUUUGCGGGGCGAGUCUUCUCCAGUGAGCAAAUCCUGUGACGGAGCCCCAGCAGAAAAUCCGAAGCCUUCCUCACUGGUUUCUAGCAAGCCCUGCCUCGAGUCCUCGGUGUACAAAGAGUUGGUCGAUAAGUACUGCUUUUAUGGCUCUUCCAAGUCCUCAACCACGAAACAAACAUUCACCGUGAAUGUUCCUGGUGAGGAGACCGGCAGAAAAUUUCCAUCGGCAACACCCUCGCCCCCUCUAUCUCCCGGCUCACCGGCCCCUCUUGAGUCACCCCCCAUUGAAGCACCUCGUGAAUCCCGUGCACGGUCACCGGCGGCCUUGAGCUCGCGUACCUCUCCUCGCAGCUCACCGUCUCCCAUGUCUCACCGGUACCCGUACCAUCAGACCCUGCAAAAUGGAUUCAUGAACGAUUCUCCGUCGUCGCCUGUGAUAAGAGGUGGAUUCGACUUUUCUUUCUCUGAGAUGGGUUCGGUCAACUCAUUUUCCAUUCCGUCUAUGGCCGGUGCACACACGGCUUGGGUUGGCGCACAGUGA